AUCCAAAGUGACCUUCAAAAUCACAUUGACUUCUGACCCCAAACUUCCAUAUAAAGUGCUGAGUGUGCCGGAGCAAACUCCCUUCACUGCUGUGCUGAAAUUUGCAGCAGAAGAGUUUAAGGUCGAGCCCUCAACCUCUGCUAUCAUCACAGAUGAUGGCAUUGGAAUUAACCCAAGUCAGGAUGCAGGAAGUGUAUUUAUGAAACAUGGCUCUGAACUUCGUUUGAUUCCACGUGAUCGUGUUGGUGCUCUCUGAAGGGAUUGCUGUUAACAUCAGAUUGUUUUACUUAAAAUUCAUGGAAUUGAUAGUUUUUGUAUAUUUCUAUAUGAAUAAAGAAGAUUCUGUCUCUUGAGGCAUAUAUAAAAACUUUUA